CACGGUCACACCGCUCGAGAAGUAGAGAAAAAAAGAAGGCGACGAAUCACAAGCAGCAAGCAGCAAGCAAAAUCGACGCCGCACGUACCGGGAGCAUUUAAAUAAUUUUUUCUGUGGAUUAAUUUAACCGAAAAGGCUUCAAACACAAUGACUGAGCGCGAGAAUAAUGUGUACAAGGCAAAGCUGGCAGAACAGGCCGAGCGCUACGAUGAAAUGGUUGAGGCCAUGAAGAAGGUCGCCUCCAUGGACGUCGAGCUGACUGUCGAGGAGCGAAACCUGCUGUCGGUUGCUUAUAAGAAUGUGAUUGGAGCACGCCGUGCCUCAUGGCGCAUCAUCACCUCGAUUGAACAGAAGGAGGAGAACAAGGGGGCCGAGGAGAAGCUGGAGAUGAUCAAAACCUACCGGGGUCAGGUGGAGAAGGAGCUGCGCGACAUCUGCUCGGAUAUACUGAACGUGCUCGAGAAGCAUCUCAUUCCAUGCGCCACAUCCGGCGAAAGUAAAGUAUUCUACUAUAAGAUGAAGGGCGACUACCAUCGCUACCUGGCCGAGUUCGCUACCGGUUCAGAUCGCAAGGAUGCGGCGGAGAACUCGCUGAUUGCCUACAAGGCUGCCAGCGAUAUUGCCAUGAACGAUCUGCCACCAACACACCCCAUCCGCUUGGGCUUGGCAUUGAACUUCUCGGUGUUCUACUAUGAGAUUCUCAACUCGCCGGACCGCGCUUGCCGAUUGGCGAAAGCCGCUUUCGAUGAUGCCAUUGCUGAGUUGGAUACGCUGAGUGAAGAGAGCUACAAAGACUCGACACUCAUCAUGCAGCUUCUGCGGGACAACCUCACAUUAUGGACGUCCGAUAUGCAGGCAGAAGAAGUAGACCCCAACGCAGGUGAUGGCGAGCCCAAAGCAGAAAUCAUCCAGGAUGUUGAGGAUCAGGAUGUGUCGUAAUUUAAGUAAACCCCCGCCCUUCCAUUUAAAACACAUUAUAUACCUUCUAAAGUAAAUAUAAUACCAUAUAAUAUAUAUGCAUACAACAACAACAAAAACAACACGACAGCAAACAUCAACAACAAGAACAACUCGGAACCAAAACGGCAACAACAGCAUCCGCAAGCAACGAACGGCAACCAACAAUAGCAUCAGACGAGUAUAAACGUAGCAGCAGCAGCAUCAGUAACAUCAACAACAACCAAACCAACAAGCAACAAUAUGUCAUCAACAAUAAACAACAUGGAAAACAACUGCACAAAAACAGAACAAACAAAACCAAACAAAAUGUUUGAAAAUUGGGCGGCCUGGUGGGCGUGGCAUGGCGGCGUGGCUGUUGCUGCGGCAAUAAAUCGC